AUGGCCGAGGCAGUGAAAGUGGCCGCGCGCCAAUUGCCCGCCUUCAAGCUGGGCCAGAAGCAAGUUUUCUUGCCAAACCAUGUCAUCACGAUGCUCCGAAAAGAACACCUUCCCCCCAACGAAGCCUGCUUCAAGGUGCCCCUGCGAUUCACAAAGUUCGACCUGCGAGACUACCUCUGGAACCUCUACAACGUCGAAGUCACCGCCGUCCGGUCCUACGUCAAGCAGCAGCCGCUCACCCAGCGCAGCACCAGCUCGCGCUCCUGGUACCGCCCGCAGCCGCAGAAGAUCAUGACGGUCGAGCUGGCUAAGCCCUUCCAGUGGCCCGAGGUGCCGACGGAUUUGGAGCCCUGGAGCAACGAGCUGUGGAAGAUGCGCGAGGACACGAUUGAGAAGAGGAACGAGGAGCAGCUCGUGCGGCAGCGGUUCCAGAUCCCGCUCAAGAGCCAGGAGCCGGUGCCCAAGGAAAGGGUGGAGCUGGGUAACUUGGCCAAGAAGAUGCUGUCGGGAGAGGUUAAGUGGGAGAAUAAUGUUGUGCUGGAUCCUAGGUGGGAUCAGAUUCUGGGCAAGGACAAGGCUGUGAAGUCAGCAGAGAAGACAACGACAAAUUCAUGA